CUUAAAUUUUGACUUUGUCGUUGCAAGAUAAAGAGAGACGCAGAGAGGACAUUGGAUAGUGUUCACCAAGUUGCCGGGCACAAUGUCAGUCCUGCGAUUCUUAUCACCACACAGAUCUCGCCCGUCGUCUCCUUCGCCUUCCGGAUCUCGGGCUGCAUCGCGAUCCAGCCGAUCGAGAGGGCCACUACAGCCGCGGCUGGAGAUCAAUCUUCCUAGCUAUGGGUCACUCUUCAUGCCUCAGGCCGACAGGCUUGAAGACAACGAGCAACGGACGAACAGAUCCGAAUCCAGCGGUCAAUAUUGGAGGGAGAUUGAGAACCGCGGAGAGCUCGUGGUGGAAAUCCCAGUAGGUAUGGGAAGACGAAGAGUCAAAUCGAUCCGUGUAGGGCUGCAGACGGUUCUGGAACUCAACAUGGGACCGGAAAGAGGCAUUGAGAGGGAUGUCAUAUUUGAGCGAAGGGUUGAGAUAGGUCCCGGAGGCCGAUCUACCGGACGAGGCGUAUUGAACAAAGUCGGGCGUCAGCCCCUUGAGAGCGAUAGUGAGGGGCUCAUUUUGGAAGAAGGCAUCCAACGCUUUGUCUUCACUCUCCUCAUCCCUCAAGACCUUCCUGGUCACGACAGGCAUGUCAACGCGAAGAUUGAUCAUCGUAUCUUUGCCGAGCUAGAAGGCAUCUCGGCCAAGCAGAAAUCGCAAUCCUCAAGUUCUCGCUCGAGAUCAAGACUUCCAUCUAGAUCUGGCCGCAGGUCCUCUGGAGCGAUCACUCCAAUUUCGCCGCCCUACUCCUCGCUUUCUCCCAACUCUGACGAAUCACCUCCAAUCACUAGCUACUUUGAUACCCCAGGUACAGCUACUCCGCUCGAAUAUCAAGGUCAAGCCGUUGAUCCCGGCUCCUUGAAUGCUGCCCUUGCAUCCAUGUCAAUGAGACCCUCACAUUCAGAAGACAUGCUAUCCCCGUUACCUGGCUACGAGGAUGCUACAAGGGUCAACAAGGAUGUCGAAUGGCUCGUGGGAACCAUCACUCAGAAGAGAUAUUCCGAGGUCUUGCACAACAUUGAUCCCUCUGGUGGAAUCACAGACUUGAGUCUCAAUCUGAAUGGGGCGGUGGAUGGUCUGGGCCCUUACCAGUUCCAGCUGAUGUCCGAUGCUUGGACCAUCGGCACGCUCCUCCUCAGCACGUUCACCCUCCAUGAUCCCAGUCCGUUGGCCACAAUCUAUUCUAUCCGAGUCUCUUUGUCCCAGACACACGAGAUAAAGUCGCCCAGAGAUGAUCCAGCAACACCGCCGUUGCCAUUUACUAAGUCCUGGACUAUAUUUACCUUAGGGACCAGACCGCCUGCUAAGGACAUGAACCCUGCCAUCGACCAUCCCGCCCUCUGGAGAGGCACCAAGGCAGGCGGCAAAGACGCCGGAGAACUCAUCAUGGAGGGCAAAGGGAGAAACCCUGAUGAUAACCAGGCUCGGCCUACUACUCCGGAAAGUGUGCCUUCACUCCUGAGGAGCUACGACUGCCGACCUACGGAGGAACACGACAUCAAGAUGCAUUCACUCAUCUCGCUAGAAGAUGCCCAUUAUGUGGUCUUGAUCCCCCAGAUAAGGUCUGCAAGACCUGUCCUCCAGCUUGUUGGGAACGACGAAGGCAUAUGUCCGUUGUGCGCGAAAGAGGUUUUGCCAGGCAGAGGGCCCUCGUUCGACGAUUGCGCAUGUGGUAUGAGCACUGAAUACCUAGAAGAGCGGAUGAAGGGCAAAGGAAAGGUUGAACCGAGAGUUGCCGAUGGCUUUGGGGCUCAGCUUCGCGUCAAGGAGCAGGAGGUAGAGAGAGCUAGUGUGGCCUGCCGACAAAUUCGCCUUCGCGCAUACGAAGAUAGCACCAACCGGACCUACCGGGAAGACAGAGCGGUGAACUCAAGAUAUGCAGGACAACGAUUCGUUCGCAGGGCUCUCUCGGUCACUCGGUCAUAUCCGACAUCGUCCAGUGAAAUCCGAAUUCGGCCUCACCCCGCUACCCGAACUCGGCUCCAUCUUGGCGUGAAAUCCCAGCACGCGUGGCAAUGCUCGCCUGUCAACCUGUACGUUGACUCAUCAGCCAAUGGCACCAUAGGCAUCUUGAACAAUGGAUCGUCCCCCCAGAAUGCUUUUUCGAACGUCCAUGACGCCGCGGCUCAGAUAGCUCUGACUCUUACACAAUGGACAGAUACUUCUACCAGCCCUCAGAUUACUAUCAAUCUGGCGCCCGGCACAUACCCUAUGACGACGUACCUAUUCCUCACGGGUCAUCACUCCGGAGUUCCAGACUGUCCAGUCAUAUGGCAGUCUUCCGAUGGUGAGGUCGUGCUGUCAGGUGGUAGGGCAGUCACGAAUUGGUCCCAGUCUUCCGGCGCCAUUUGGUCAGCACCAGUCCCCGCUGGCUCAGCAAGUCGAGCGCUGUUUGUCGAUGGCAUCUCUGCGCCGAGAGCUCGAUCUGCAAAUAUCUUUCAAAACGAAUCCAUCUUUACAGAUCUAUCGUACGGUUACAAUGGCUCCGCUUUCGACAUUGCCGAUAUUCAGAGCCCCGAGCAAGUCGACCUGCGCUUUGUGGGAACAUUUACGGACCGCUAUAUGCCGGUCGAUUUUCGACAGAACGAUACACUAGUCAUGAAGCAACCUGCGUGGCACCGCAACCUAAUUGGGUACGAUGUCAUCUCUCAAGCUCUUGUCCCAGACUUCUACUUCGGCCAAACAGGGAUGUUUCUAGAGAACUCGCUCUCGUUUCUGGACGAAGAUGGUGAAUGGUACCUUGACACCCGCACCGAUACACUUUAUUACCAGCCCAUCAAUGGCCAAGAUCCAAACGAGUCUGAGAUCAUUCUUCCUAGCAUCGAAGUCCUGCUCUCACUGGGUGGUCUGUCGUAUGACGAGCCUGCCCACGACAUUAUCUUCAGGAACAUCUCGUUCGCGCAUACGACCUGGAACUAUCCAUCAUCAAAAUUUGGAUUUGUCGACCAGCAAACCGGUGCUUACAUCGGAGAGCAAUAUGAACGACCCAAUUUUGAGUCGACGAGACCUUUCUGGUGGAUGACGCCGGCUGCCGUCCAAAUCAGCGCAGCGGAAAGAAUCUCUCUCGAAGGCGGAUCCAUUACAUGUACUGGGGCGGCCAGUCUCGGGAUAGGUAAUGAUGAUAACGCUCAUCUUUCUUCGAUCGGACUAGGAGCAAAGAACAUUACUGUGUCGGGCGUGCUGUUCACUCAGAGUGGAGGCAAUGCCAUUCAAGUUGGAGGAAUACAGGCCAAUGGACAUCACCCAUACAUGUCUUCAAUGAUCAAUUCCGGUAUCAAUGUCACGCAGAACUUCCUGCAUGACAAUUCCAGAAUCUACACGUCUGCCACCAAUAUUCUUUUUACAUAUGUUCAAUAUUCUCACAUGACCUCGAACACGGUCGUGAACACGACGUACAGUGCACUCAAUCAAGGAUGGGGCUGGGGUUCUAACGACGCCAAUGCCAAUCCGCAGUAUAUCCAACGUGGACUGUACAGCUAUCAGCCUCUCUACAAAACGCCAACGACUCCUCACGACAAUCUUAUCGCUCAAAACUAUGUCACGAACAUUGGCUUCAAUCACACCGACGAGGGCGGCAUCUACACUCUCUCAGUCAGCCCCGGUACUGUCAUUGAACGUAAUGCAAUAAUCAAGAGUCAAGCGCAAGGAGUGUACCUGGACGAAGGCUCCAGAUUCUAUCUCGUACACGACAACGUCAUCGAGGCGGCCGACAUCCCCUGGUACACUGAAAACACUCAGAACAAUGACUCGACUUUGACCGGCAAUGACACGUUCACCAACAACUAUGUCAACAGCGAUGUUAGGCUGAACGAGGUACUCUCGGACGGAAGCCACUUUGUUGGCAACAUUUUCUUCAACGAUACUGGUCCUUAUCCAGAAGGUUCCCAGACUAUCGUAGAUGCAGCAGGCGCGCCGGGCUUCCCUAGACCCAACAGCAAUUAA